GCCUCAGCUCCACUUUGAUAACGUACUUUUGCUUUGCAUUUAAACAUAAAGAAAGAGACUGCAUUUUUUAUUUUUUCUGGGAAAGUAAAUAGAAGAAGAGAGAAAGAUGGCGGAUAAGAGCAUCAGCUUGGAAGAAAUCAAGAAUGAGACCGUCGACCUUGAGCGGAUUCCUGUUGAAGAAGUGUUUCAGCAGUUGAAAUGCACCAAGGAAGGCCUAUCAAGUGAGGAAGGGCAAAAAAGGCUGCAUAUCUUUGGCCCCAACAAGCUUGAAGAGAAAAAGGAAAGCAAGCUUUUAAAGUUCUUGGGAUUUAUGUGGAAUCCUCUCUCAUGGGUCAUGGAGAUUGCUGCUAUCAUGGCCAUUUGUUUGGCAAACGGAGGAGGCAAGCCCCCAGAUUGGCAAGAUUUUGUUGGCAUUGUCACAUUGCUCGUUAUCAACUCAACUAUUAGCUUCAUUGAAGAAAAUAAUGCAGGCAAUGCUGCUGCAGCACUUAUGGCUAGUCUUGCUCCCAAAACCAAGGUCCUGAGAGAUGGAAAGUGGUGUGAGCAAGAAGCUGCAAUUUUGGUACCGGGAGACAUCAUCAGCAUCAAGUUGGGAGAUGUCAUCCCAGCAGACGCACGCCUCCUUGAAGGCGAUCCACUCAAGAUUGAUCAGUCUGCCCUUACGGGCGAGUCUUUGCCUGUAACCAAAAUCCCAGGGGAUGAGGUAUUUUCUGGUUCUACUGUCAAGCAAGGUGAGAUUGAGGCUGUAGUUAUUGCCACUGGCGUGCACACCUUCUUUGGCAAAGCUGCUCACCUUGUUGAUAGCACCAAUAACGUAGGACACUUCCAGCAGGUAAUGUCCGAAACAGUGUUCAAAUUAUUUGUGCUGACAGCAAUUGGGAACUUCUGCAUAUGCUCAAUUGCAGUAGGGAUGAUUAUCGAGAUAGUGGUGAUGUAUCCAAUCCAGCACCGCAGGUACAGAGAUGGAAUCGAUAAUCUGUUGGUGCUUCUCAUUGGAGGAAUUCCAAUUGCCAUGCCAACAGUUUUAUCCGUGACAAUGGCCAUUGGAUCUCAUCGGCUUUCGCAACAAGGUGCUAUCACUAAGAGAAUGACAGCUAUUGAGGAAAUGGCUGGAAUGGAUGUACUCUGCAGUGACAAGACUGGGACACUUACUCUCAACAAGCUUACUGUAGACAAGAGCAUGAUUGAGGUGUUCACAAAAAAUGUUGACAAGGACAUGGUUAUUCUACAUGCAGCUAGAGCUUCCAGGGUUGAGAAUCAAGAUGCUAUUGAUGCCUGCAUUGUUGGAAUGCUAGGUGAUCCCAAGGAGGCCAGAGCAGGUGUUACAGAGGUGCAUUUCUUGCCCUUUAACCCGGUAGACAAGCGUACAGCCAUGACAUACAUUGAGUCUGAUGGUAGUUGGCAUAGAGUCAGCAAAGGUGCACCAGAACAGAUUAUUGACCUAUGCAACCUCCGAGAAGAUGUGAAGAAGAGAGCUCAUGAUAUCAUCGCUAAGUUUGCUGAUCGUGGGCUUCGGUCUCUUGCUGUGGCUAAACAAAUUGUGCCAGAGAAAACCAAGGAGAGCAAAGGAGAACCGUGGGAAUUUGUGGGUUUAUUGCCUCUGUUUGAUCCUCCAAGGCAUGAUAGCGCAGAGACAAUUCGCCGUGCUCUAAGUCUUGGUGUCAAUGUCAAGAUGAUCACAGGUGAUCAACUAGCUAUUGGAAAGGAAACCGGUCGCAGGCUUGGCAUGGGAACUAACAUGUAUCCAUCAUCUGCUCUGCUUGGACAAAAUAAGGAUGAGACAAUCGAUACAAUUGGCGUUGAUGAGCUUAUUGAGAAGGCUGAUGGCUUUGCAGGCGUUUUCCCUGAGCACAAAUAUGAGAUUGUGAGGAGGCUACAAGAAAGGAAGCACAUAUGCGGCAUGACAGGAGACGGUGUGAAUGAUGCACCGGCCCUGAAGAAGGCAGACAUUGGGAUUGCAGUUGCUGAUGCAACUGAUGCAGCUCGAGGAGCAUCAGAUAUAGUCUUAACAGAACCAGGAUUGAGUGUGAUUGUGAGUGCUGUUCUGACAAGCAGAGCAAUUUUUCAGAGAAUGAAAAACUAUACCAUCUAUGCUGUCUCUAUUACUAUCCGUAUCGUGCUGGGUUUCAUGCUCCUCGCUCUAAUUUGGAAGUUUGAUUUCUCGCCUUUCAUGGUUUUGGUCAUUGCCAUACUCAACGAUGGAACAAUUAUGACCAUUUCCAAGGACAGGGUAAAGCCAUCUCCCAUGCCUGACUCAUGGAAGCUCAAGGAGAUUUUUGCUACAGGCAUUGUCCUGGGUGCCUAUCUUGCAUGCAUGACUGUUGUUUUCUUCUGGGCUGCUCAAGAGUCUGACUUCUUUCCAGAUAAAUUUGGGGUAAAAUCCAUUAUGAACAAUCAAGAGGAACUUACUGCUGCUGUGUACCUUCAAGUGAGCAUUGUGAGUCAGGCACUCAUCUUUGUCACUCGUUCUCGGAGUUGGUCUUUUGUUGAACGUCCUGGUCUCCUGCUGGUGACUGCGUUCAUUUUAGCACAACUCGUGGCUACUGUAAUUGCCGUUUAUGCAAACUGGGGCUUUGCCAGAAUGAAAGGCAUUGGAUGGGGUUGGGCUGGUGUCAUUUGGAUCUACAGUAUAGUCUUCUACAUCCCACUCGAUGUAAUCAAGUUCUUGAUCCGUUAUUCUUUGAGUGGAAAGGCUUGGGACAAUUUGCUUCAAAAUAAGACUGCCUUCACGACAAAGAAAGAUUAUGGAAAAGGAGAGAGGGAGGCGCAAUGGGCCAUGGCUCAACGCACCCUUCAUGGUUUGACACCCCCUGAAUUGACAGAGCUCUACAACGAGAAGAGCAACUAUAGAGAACUGUCAGAGAUUGCUGAACAAGCCAGGAAGCGUGCGGAAGUUGCAAGGUUGAGGGAGCUUCAUACGCUCAAAGGACAUGUUGAAUCUGUAGUGAAACUCAAAGGACUCGACAUUGACACCAUCCAACAGCACUACACUGUGUGAGGGAAAGAUCGGAAUUGUGGUUGUUGACUCGCAAUUUUGUAGUAGGAGAAGAUAUGGUAUUGGAAUAAUUUGUUUUGAAUAACCCAACAAAAAAGAGAUUGUCUUACAGUUAGACUCAGACAAUCCUUGGUUGGAGUAUGCAAAGAUUUUGUUUCGUCAUUUUCUUUCUUCAAAUCUAGUACAAUCAAGCUUCCAAAAAUUGUGCACAAUGUUUAUGGUAUUCUCCUCCACACUGAAUAAGGAUGAGCAUAGCCCGAGUAGAUGGUCUUGAGACAGAGAGGAACGCU